AUGGAUGUUGUAGAACCAGUUCCUGAAUCAACUACGAUCACGUCUGAAGUACCUAAGCCAGAAUCUGAUAUAAAUAAAAAGACAGAACAAACUAUGGAAAAUUUAGAAAAUGAAAUAGACAAAGCAUAUGGUGUAGUAGAAUCUAAAUUUCAACAAUUUUGGUCAAAAAAUUCUCAUUUAUUACAAAAUCAAUCAAUUGAUGAACACAAGCAGCAAUUUGUGAAACAAUUAAAUUCAAUGAAAGAAAAUCUUAGUCACAACAAGAAUAUUCAAUUAGUUACUGAAAAUUUUAAUAAUUUUGAGAAUCAAUUAAAAGAUUUAAAUCUCGAAGGGAAGCUAAAUAUCAAAGAUAUAUCAACAAAAGCAAAUCAUGCAUUAGAUGUAUUAGAUUCAAAAUUAGAAAUUGUUGAAAAAGAAGCUAGUAAAUAUGUUAAUUCUUUUACUUCCUUUUUUUCACAAAUUAUAUCAGUUGCACCAGAAGAAUCGAAACCAGAACCUGAAAAGGAAGUAAUCUUCAAUUCAUCAUUAAAUCAAUAUACAAAUUAUGGGACAACUCGUUACGAUAGUGACUUAUUAAAACUUCAUACUGAUAAAAGUUAUUAUAUAACGAAGGAUGAAGAUGAUACUUCUCCAGAUACAAAUUUCAAUGCUGAUGAUAAAACAAAAGAAAUAGAAGAAUUAUUAAAAAAAUAUCCAACAACAUUAACUAAACUAAUGAAUGAAAUAGUACCAAUACAAGUAAGUUAUAAUAAAUUUUGGUAUUUAUAUUUUCAAAAUGAAUUAAAAUUACAAGAAUUAGAUAAACAAAGGAAAGAAUUACAAACUAAAAAAGAAGAUGAAGAAUUUGAUUGGGAUGAUGAUGAUGAAGAUGAAAUGGAAACUCCAGAAAAAGUAUUAUCACUGAAAGAAACCAAACCUGAAAUAAACUCUGAAAAAACAGAUAAAAAAGAUAAAACUCUCGAAAAAGAUGAAGAUGAAGAAGAAGAAGACGAAGAAGAUGAUUGGGAGUAA